UAUGUAUGUUUGUGUGUUGUUGGUUGCGGAUCAGGUGCCGAUGGGGACGUCGUGGGGAGACAUCAGUGAAGGCGUUCGGGUAGAAGUCACCAACACGGACAGCGUUCUGCCCAUGAAGGUCUAUUGGAUCGCUGGCAUCAUCAAACUGGCCGGUUUUAAGGCGUUGAUGCGUUACGAGGGAUUCGACAGCGACCCCACCAGAGACUUCUGGUUGAACCUUUGUGUGCCAGACAUCCACCCGGUGGGCUGGUGUGCUGCUGGAGGGAAACCUCUGGUCCCCCCCCACAGUAAGUAGAGCCAGAUAAAGGACAUUAGAACCAGAUAGAGGACAGUAGAACCAGAUAGAAGACAGUAGAACCAGAUAGAAGAGAAAAUAACCAGAUAGAGGACAGUAGAACCAGAUAGAGGACAGUAGAACCAGAUAAAAGAGAAAAUAACCAGAUAGAGGAUAGUAGAACCAGAUAGAGGACGGUAGAACCAGAUAGAAGACAGUAGAACCAGAUAGAGGA